AUGAUGGGGCUGCUAGACUGCUUCCUGCAAAGCAGUUCACAUGGAAUAUUUCUUCUAUCUAAGAAGCUUUUCGAAAGGGGCUUCUUUGAGAAACAUCUCAGUAACUACCAAUACGUUAUCGUCUCGCAUAUACUACAACAAGAUAGCUACGAGCUAUGGAAAGAGUUUCUAGAAGGACGUUGCUCCUUGAGCAUAUCAUAUCCGGAGUCUUCGAGCCAGGAGAGUGACGAGGCAAUAGAAGAUGGAGUGAGACCUAUGGUUAAUCUCGCCUUUCAUUUGCGAUACAUACUUUGGGAGAAGGCCAUAGACUACUAUUAUGAGUCUGAUCUCGAGGGUACAGACCACUCGUUGAAGAGUGAAAAAGAUGAAAGUGGUACGACGUUUGAUCUCAUUCAGGGCCUUGAAGUGGACGGCCAGCCUUCUUCAAAAGAAAAGGUAGAUGACAAUCCCUCUGUACCACGAGAGCCAGUCAGAGAAGAGGAUGAUGACUAUGAUGAUGACGAGGAUGAUAACAGCGCUGACCGAAAGAUGCUGAGCAAUGAUAACGACAAUCAGAGUAAUGCUCGUGAAGUGCCCGAUUUGGUUGAGGGCUAUGUCAAGGUAGAGAUCCCCGCGUCCGCCUUCCACACCAAGAUGGCUUCACAGAAUGCAACGGAGGCAAAUGAGUUAGAAGAAUCUUCGGCUGAAAAUGCGGAAUUUACAGCUAAUACGAUGAGUGCUAGCUUAGAAGACCAAGAAGCUCUUUUCAAGGAGUUUAACAAGGUAUAUCACAAUUUCGAGUAUGACAAGGAGACACUCAUCAAGCGCAGGAAGCUUGAGAGAUCUGAUUUGCAAAUUGAAUCGCAGAAGCCAAAUGGAGAGGAGUCAACUUCCCAAAUUCCAAUAAAUCUUGGUGCUGCUUCACAUUCUCUACAACACCUUUUAAAUGUUAUUCAAGAUCGCAGAGAUGAUGUCGAGCUCACGGAUCAAGACCUCAAAAAGCUCUUCAUGGACGUGCGAAAGAACAGGGGAAAAUGGGCGAAUGAUGAGCGCAUUGGCCAAGAAGAGCUUUAUGAAGCUUGCGAGAAAGUCCUUCAAGAUCUUCGCGGGUACACGGAACAUUCGACGCCAUUUUUAAACAAGGUCUCGAAGAGGGAGGCUCCAAACUAUGGAUUGAUAAUCAAAAAACCAAUGGAUCUCAACACUGUCAUGAAGAAACUCAAAAGUUUAUCCUACAACUCUAAACAAGAAUUUGUUGAUGACUUGAUGCUCAUAUGGAACAAUUGUUUGACAUACAACGCCGACCCUAAACAUUAUCUACGUGCUCAUGCAAUAGCCAUGCAAAAACGCACGCAAAAACUUGUGCCUUCGAUUCCCGAUAUCACAAUUAGAAACAGGUCUGAGGUUGAAAAAGAGGAAGAUCUUGACUCUGAGGCAAAGGCUUCUACACCUGCCCUUAAAGGCGGCAAGAAAGCAUCCAAGAAAGGGCGCAAGAGAAAGAGAGAAGAGAUAAUAAAAUCGGAAGAAGUCGAGGGAGUCAGUGAUGUGCAACUGUCCGAAGCACCAUCAAAACUGGAAACUCCAGCUCCGCAACCACAACCUACGCCUGUCGUAGAGAACGGAAGUGCCAUCGUUGAGGAAAAUCCAGCAGAAGAGGAAGAGGAAGAAGCAGCAGAAGAGGCUGAUACGGAUAUACGAGAGAACGAGAACGAGGACGAGCAAGAUCCAGAGCUACAAGCUUGGAGAACUCUCACUGCAAAGUCUCGUGCCCACUACUGUGCUUCUCGUGCAGCACUUUUCGAUGGCGACAGCAAACUAAAACUGGAUGCGGAAGCCAUUUUACGAGACCCUGGCAAGAUGAAAAACUUCUUUCAAUUCUUGAACUAUAAGGAAGUCGUCUCAAGAUCUAAUCAGCUUCUUGAUAACGAUGAACCGUAUCUCCUUGAAUAUGAUGUCGCUGGCGGAAUACCAGGUAUAAAAAAUGCUGGUAUUGAUGACAUCGAGCAGGAAAAAACAGAGAACGUAAUGGUUGAGGAGUUACUCAAGGCAGGCGAAGCUGAUAAGCUUAAAUCAGGUCUCGUGCUUCCUACGGAUUCGGGUCUCAAUGCCCUCUACAGAAAGAAUAUCACAGAGAUCCAAGAGAUUCGAAAAAUUUGCUUCAAGAUAUCUUUGAUCCGUCAAAUGCAGACGCAACAGUACAUGCAUCGUACUCAAAUGCGCCAACCUGAAAUUGAGUAUCUCAAAGAAGUUGAUGUGGACCCCGUCUCAAAACUACCGAAUCACGACCUCUUCAAUCAUGAAGUACAAUACGCUGCUUUUCGUAAAAGCAUUGCUAAAAUUGCCAUGCACACCGGGUUUGAAAGUACCGAACCGCUUGCAAUCAACACACUUGCCCAGAUUGGCGAGCGUUACAUGCUGAAUUUGGCGAAAUCGAUGAAAUUGCAUUGCGAGUCAUCAUCUCGGAAGCAACUCAGCAAUAGCACCAUCAUACUCCUUAGCUUGUUGGAGAACGGUGUUGAGAAACCUGACGAUCUUUAUACGUUUGUUGUCGAGAAGGCGAAGAAGCAGGAGGCAAAACUCAAGGAUUUGAGACAGAAAUUGUCUAAUUUCGUAAAGGAAUUGCUUCGGCCUAGUUUGCAAGGUCUCAAUGAAAAUAAUUUCGAGAACAACAGCGAGCAGUUCAUGACAGGAGAUUUUGCUAACGAGAUAGGUGAUGAUUUCCUUGGUCUCAAAGAGUUGGGUCUUGAUAAAGAAUUCAACUUGAUGAGCUCGUCCGUUCCACUUUACUUGCUACACUCACGUCUACAAAGCUCGUUGGCAAGUACGGAUCCAGUGAACAAGACCUCCAAAUACGAAGACUUGAAGGAAUGGGUUCAACCGAAAUUGACGCAGGACGAUGUUCCCAAGCAAAUUGGGAUAUUACAGACAUUUUACACUCAGUUGUUGCAAAAAUCAGAACAGUUUAUCAUCAAGCAGCAAAAGCGUAAGGGAGAAAGUAUAGAACUUCCUCCUCCCACAAAGUUGUAUCUUAUCGAGGAUGAGGAAUUGCCUCAAAAGCAAAGAAAUAUUCGUCCACGUCUUCCUCCAACAGGAAAGAUCUCGUCUGUUAAAAAGAAGCUACUUUCACAGGCUUUUCUUUUAUCUGAUAAGAGCUCAGAGGAAGGUGAUAAGGAUGCUAACGGGGAAAACGGGGCAAGUGUUGGUGUCGAAGGACCCAACAUGGAAAAUGAGAAUUCGUUCGCUUUGGAUAUCAAGGGAGAAAAUUAA